CCCAGGCGAGCCGGCGACAUCUCCGCGACCGACAGGAGGCUACUACAUUAUUUAGUUAGGUAUCAACUUAAAGGGGAAAAAAAUAGGGCGUGUGUAUGACAUCUACGUUUAUCUCGGAAUAGUAGUUUUAAAAUAAUUUGGUUCAUGUCCAUAUUUUUAUUUUAUUAAUGCGCCUGCAAGUCUGUCGAUGCCGAUAACAUUCUGCAGACUGAACUCUGCUGCGCUCCUGCUCCGUCGCUGACCUGCUCCGUGCCCCUCUUGUUGCUAUAACAUGCCACGCUCUUUUCUAGUCAAGAGUAAGAGAACGGGGUCUAACACGCCACGGCCCUGGAGAGGCGAGAUUUUUUCUGGACCCACCCUGCUUCACACAUCCUCCCAGGAUGUUAUGCAGACAGCGUGGACAGGACAGACACCUUCUCCUGUAAACAUGCACAAUGGGGUCAAAGAGACCCGGUCCCUGGAGACGCCAAUUCUAGGGACAAGGGACAUGUCCCCUGCGCUCUCCCCUGCUAGGGACCCCACUCCAAGCAUGGGUUUGCAUGUUGACAUCACGGUUCCUGACAGAAGCUGGUCUGCAGGUUACAGAAUCGCCUCUCCUACAACAGUGUCGCCCUGGUCACACCUGUACCACCACGAUCCUGGGAAAGAGCAAACGCUGGAUAGGAUGGUGCUCAGGUUGCUGGGUCCUGGAUGGAAUGGCGGCUGCGGUCUUUGCGGUGAGCGCUGCCUCGCCAGCUGCACUGCGGACACUCACUUACAGAGACUGGUGGCCAUGCUGGCUCCGUGUGCCAGCGCUAGUGACCACGCCCCCAGCUUCGGUCACCCAAUGAAUGUUAAGGAGGGUCGUUUCGGGUGCAAGAUAUGCGACAAGGUCUUCAAGCGCUCCUCCACGCUCUCCACGCACAUGCUGAUUCACUCGGACACGCGGCCCUACCCCUGCCAGUACUGUGGCAAGCGCUUCCACCAGAAGUCUGACAUGAAGAAGCACACCUUCAUACAUACAGGCGAGAAGCCCCACGUGUGCAAGGUGUGUGGCAGGGCCUUCAGUCAGAGCUCCAACCUGCUGACCCACUGCCGCAAGCACACCGGCCACCAGCCCUUCCCCUGCGACAGCUGCCAGCGCGGCUUUCAGCGCAGGACGGACCUGCGGCGCCACCAGGAGCUCCACUGCAGCAACAGGCCCCCCAACAGCCUGCUGUGGGCACCCUGACAUAAAGCAGACAUCCUGAAUGUGCCGACUUCGAUGUGUCCCCGGGCCAACAAGCGAGGGGUUUGUGUUUCACUCCUUUAGCCAAUCACAGGCUACAUCGUAUGACAUCACCACAUUGGGCCAUUUUUUUUUUUUAAUUUUCAAGCUAAGCCUCGGUGCCUGUGAUCACAAGAUUGCUGGUUCAAGGCUUUUUAUUGUUGUUAUUAUUAUUAUAGUUACUAUUAUCAUCAUUAAAUAAAGACGCACCGUUAUUUUGCUCCAUGCAGCCUUUGCAGGUGAGCAUGUUCCUAUGUUUUGUCUGUCUAUCUAUGAAAUGCCCCUUAAUAAAAUGCAUACACAAAUGAAACAGGUACGUUAGAAAUCUGUGCACCUUGCCGCUUAACAGAAAUCACUGGCUUGACUGAAGGUGGUGACGUCAUACAAUGAAGACUGUGAUUGGUUAAAGAAGUGAAAUGCAAACCCCUCCCUUGUUGACCCAGGGACACAUUAAAUUGGACAACCUCAGGGCAUGCAACAUAAAUCACUCAGGCACAUAUAGCUCACAGACACCACCCCUGCAAACAGUACAGAGAGAACAGCACCUACACCAUACAGCACGCCACACAUACUGACAUACACUUACAUGGAUACAUACAGGGCAAUUUACAGAAUACAGGCAACAAGCACAGACACACACGUACUGCACUGAACACCCAAGAGGGUGUAUGUCAUAAAUCAGAGGUCCUGAGUGCCUUCUACCAUUGUGGCAGCAGAUUUUGAAUGUUUACAUGUUUGCAGAGGUGGACAUUUCCGGUCCAGAAAGUAAAAAUUCAGACCAAGAUUUUGUUUCAACCAACCGGUUGAGCAUAAAGAGUCAUAGUCACAGAGUGCUCAAAUGGUUGGUUCAAACAAAACCUUGGUCUGGAUUUUUACUUUCUGGACCUGAAAUUUCCACCUCUGCAUGUUUGAAUAACCACCAAAGAGCAACCAUUUUGCAAUACAGACAUCUAUCGUAUCAGUGGAUUCAUCACAAAAAGAUUGUUAUGGAUGUAAAGCAUCAAAUAAAAUUGU